AUUCACCUUCGUGUCAUGUCAUCAUGUGAAGUUCCGCAUCAUCAUCAUCAUCAUCUCCAAUCUCUCUCUCCAUCUCUCGCAUCUGAAUCUCUCUCCCCGUCUCGUUACACACCCUCAUGCCGUUGAAGCAAUUCUCGGAUUCAAAUCGAGCCUGCAAGUUGUCGGGAACCCUAAUCUGGGCGCGCUUCUUCUUCGCUUCGCAGCUUCGAAUCCGUAUCAAAAUGUGAUCUUGGAUCGAUCGCGAAGAUACAAACUGUCGUGAACUCCGCAACCCACGAUUCGAUCACGUCUCUGCAUCCUCUUUCCCUGCGGAUUCAUUCCGGUUCGAGGGAGAUUGAGGGGGGAAGGGGGGGAGAGAGAGAGAGAGAGAGAGAGAUUGGAAGGAGCUGGGAGAUGCCGAGUGUGACUGUGAAGCUCUACAGCGUCUUCUUCAAGCUGCUCCUGAAGCAUCGGUUGCAGAACCGGAUUCAGUCGCAAUCUGACGAUUCCGACGCGUUUGGCGUUACCUCCCGCCCCGAGGAGUCCGUUGCCGCCGUGAACCCCUCCUUCGCUGACGGCGUCGCCACCAAGGACAUCCACAUCGACCCCUUCACCUCCCUCUCCGUCCGCAUCUUCCUCCCUGAGUCCGCCCUCUCCCCGCCCGAGCCCGACUCCAAGUCCCAAUCCAGGCCGAGGGCUCGGAUCCCGUUCAAGAGCCCCGAUCUCAAUGGCAAUUCGCAGAGCAAUCAACCUUCUUCUCGCCGGCACAGUUAUGGCACUCCGACUGCCGCAGCGAGAGAUGAUCCUGGGAAGCCCUCCAAUUUCGAGGAGAGCUCGCGAUUGAGCCUCGGGCGGCGCAAUAGCUUCGGAUCAUCCGCGGCACACCCGCACAAUGCCAAGCUGAACGGUAAUCAUUAUACGGGGUUUAGUAACGAUGCGGAGAGCUUGAGUUUGAGAUCGUCUGAUGGCGGUGGUUUGCCAUACAGAGGGUAUUCGCCCUUGAUUGGCAAUGCGAGGAAAUUGCCAGUGCUGUUGCAGUUUCAUGGUGGAGGUUGGGUGAGCGGUUCGAAUGAUUCGGUGGUGAAUGAUGUCUUCUGUCGGAGGAUUGCGAAGUUGUGUGAUGUGAUCGUUGUUGCAGUCGGGUAUCGGCUUGCGCCAGAAAAUAAGUACCCGGCUGCAUUUGAGGAUGGGAUGAAGGUAUUGAAUUGGUUGGCAAAGCAGGCAAAUUUGGCUGAAUGUAGUAAAUCUAUGGGUAGUUCACGAGGAGUUGCCGCCGAGUCUAAGAAAUCUGACCUUCACAGGCAUAUUAUUGAUACUUUUGGGGCACAGAUGGUUGAGCCCUGGUUGGCAGCUCAUGGAGAUCCCUCCAGAUGUAUUCUCCUGGGCGUGAGUUGUGGUGCGAACAUUGCGGACUAUGUGGCACGGAAAGCUGUAGAGGCAGGCAGACUAUUGGAUCCUAUUAAGGUUGUUGCUCAGGUUCUCAUGUAUCCAUUUUUCAUGGGAAGUGUUCCCACACAUUCUGAGAUAAAGCUAGCAAAUUCGUAUUUCUACGACAAAGAUACGUGCCUACUUGCCUGGAAGCUCUUCUUACCCGAAGAAGAGUUCAGCCUGGACCAUCCAGCUGCAAACCCACUCAUCCCUGGCAGAGGGCCACCCUUAAAGCUCAUGCCUCCAACACUAACAGUUGUGGCAGAACACGACUGGAUGAGAGAUAGAGCCAUUGCUUACUCGGAGGAACUCCGGAAGGUGAACGUCGAUGCUCCUGUUUAUGACUAUAAGGAUGCGGUUCAUGAAUUUGCGACACUUGAUAUGCUUAUCAAGACCCCCCAGGCUCAGGCUUGUGCAGAAGACAUUGCUAUCUGGGUCAAAAAGUACAUCUCAUUCAGGGGACACGAGUUUUCUUACUAGGCAGGAGAUGCCAACUGGAAUGACUUGUAACUGGAGGUUCCACUAUUGGGACUUGGCAGUUUUGCUUGAGAUGGCUGAAAUAGCAACUUCUUGCUGCCACCACCUCUGAAUUUUGACACAGCAGUCAGGAUGACGGCUCAUCAAUUUUAAUACUUUACCCAUAUCGGGUUUAUUUGUGAGAAAUAUGUAAUGAGAGAUUAGGAUAGAUUUGGCGUGAGAUGCAUUUGCUCCUGAUAUAAGCUUUAUAUGCCUGAUCAGAACAUUGUCUUCGGCAUUUUUUUUUUCUCUUCCUGUGAAUUAAGAUGUACAACGCUUCAAUGAAUUCAGUUGGUACAAUUAAGUACCCUCUCCAAUUUCUUUCCA